AUGAGCUGUUGGCUUGACAGAAGUGCUGCUGUGGCCGCAGAGCUCCUCUGUGGUGUGGGCUCAUCAGCUUUUUCCACGAAUCUUGCUUGUUUUCUGCCCUCUGGCUCCGCUGUGCCCCAGCGCACUGUGUCCAAGCGCCUUCCUGCAGUGGGAGACUUCCCUCUGGCUGAAGAAGGAGCUGAUGCCGGCCCUGGAAGUGCGCAGCGGAGGUUAGUAAUUUGGACAGUUCAGCAAACUGGUGGCUCCAGUGGCCGCAAGCGAAAAGGAAACUGUAAAAUGAGGCACCUGGCGAUGUGUAAAACGUUCAGCUCGUGGCUGGAGAUCCUUAAGGUGCAGAGAGAGCUGGAAACCCUACCGGAUCAGGCAGCAGCAUGGGACCUCACAGCGUUGGCAUACAUCACGUUCAGGACGGAGCAAGAAGGGGAUUGGCAGAUGAAAUGUCACUACCUUACAUCAGAGACAGACAUGACUGAACAGGCAAGCGAAACCGGUCACUUCAAGAUUCAAGCUUGCUUGCUGCUGCUGGUGUGCCUAUGGCAAUGGACACAGCAAACUCUGGCAACAUCAUGCCCAGAUGGUGAACUGAGAGUAAUCAGUAAAGACAAAAACAAAUGCUGCCCCAAAUGCAGCUCAGGAGACAACAGCCCAUGUCCAAAUAUUGAGGACCAUGACUGCAAAUGUCGUCAGGGAUACAGCUGUAUUGAUCGUGCAUGUCUCUACUGCCAAAAACUGCCUGACUGUGCAGAAGGCGAGGAGCUGGUUAAGCUUGGCAUUUCAGACUUCACAUUCAAAUGUAAACCAUGUGAGAUAGGAACCUAUUCUAAUGUUAAGAAUGGCUGGUGCCGUAACUGGACUGACUGUGAAAGUUCUGGGUUUCUAACAAUCAAGCAAGGCAACAGUACACAUAAUGCAAUAUGUGGUUUCCCUGCUAAAGAUUUGGAGCAAGUUCCUAUUACAAAUGACUCUCUAUAUACCACCAUCCUGGCCAUCCUUACUGCAGUGGCUUUAUUUGUUCUCAUCUUGCUGACCUUCUUCUUGCAUUUCUGCAUAUGGUCACUGAAGAAAGAAAAAUACCCCGCGGCUGACGAUCUGGAACAUAACUUCCCUAGGCUGCUGGUGGCUCCACAACUCUCACACCAUAGAGAGGAGACUUACAGCUGCCAGUUUCCAGAAGAAGAACAUGGAGACAAGACACCAGAAGAAAAGGCUUGCUAUUUCCACCCUCAGAGUCUGCAAUGA